AUGAUAAGAAUUUUAUCAAUAGGAUUUUAUAAGUUGGCUAUAUUUCAUCUUUUAACUCAUGCUUUAUUUAAGGCUUUAUUAUUUAUAUGCGCUGGAGCUAUUAUUCAUAAUAUAAAUAAUUCUCAAGACAUUCGUCUAAUAGGAGGUUUAAGAAUUCAUAUACCUUUAACAUCUGCUUGUUUUAAUGUUUCUAAUUUAGCUUUAUGCGGUAUACCAUUUUUAGCUGGAUUUUAUUCUAAGGAUAUAAUUUUAGAAGUAGUAAUAAUUAGAAAUAUUAAUAUAUUUUCAUUUUUUUUAUAUUUUUUUUCUACCGGUUUAACAGUUAGUUAUUCAUUUCGUUUAGUUUAUUAUUCUAUAACUGGUGAUUUAAAUUGUGGUAGAUUAAAUAUAUUAAAUGAUGAAAGUUGAGUAAUAUUACGUGGAAUAAUAGGGUUACUAAUUAUAAGAAUUAUUGGGGGUAGAAUAUUAAAUUGAUUAAUUUUUCCUAUUCCUUAUAUAAUUUGUUUACCUAAAUUAAUAAAGUUUUUAACAUUAUUUGUAUGUAUUUUUGGUGGUUUAUUUGGCUAUUUAAUUUCUAUAACUAAUCUUUAUUCUUUAAAUAAAUCUUUAUUAAAUUAUAAUAUCUCUGUAUUUUUAGGUUCUAUAUGAUUUAUACCUUAUAUUAGAACUUAUGGAAUAAUUUUUUAUCCAUUAAAUAUUGGACAGUUGGUUGUAAAAAGAUUUGAUCAAGGAUGAUCAGAAUAUUUUGGGGGUCAACAUUUAUAUCAAAAAUUAGUUAAUUAUUCUCAAACUUUAUUUUUAAUGCAUAAUAAUAGUUUAAAAAUUUAUUUAAUAUUAUUUGUAUUUUGAAUUUUAAUUUUAUUAAAUUUUUUAUUAUUCAUAUAUUCAAAUAGCUUAUAUUUAGAGUAUGACACUGAAGAUGUUAUGGAGAUAAAUUUAUCUUUGAAUAUAGUGAAUUAAUUUUAGUAAUUUAUAAAAAUUAAUUAUUUUAUUAUUACAAUGAAAGUGUAAGGUUUUAUUUUAAACUAUAUAAAUAGAAGUAUAAAUGGAAUUUAACCAUUAAAAGAAAAAAGUUAGCAGCUUUUACUUGAUCACCAUACUUCCUUAAUUGGAGUUUUUACUCAAUAGUAUCAUUAACAGUGAUAUACCGCUUUUUGGUUUCAAUUAAAGAAUAAGGGUAAAAUUACCUAAGGUUAGGUCGAAACUAACUGCAAUUCAUCGCUUCAUAUUCAUAAGGUAGAUUGAAAUUCAAUACUUUUUGAAUGCAAAUCAAAUGUUAUAAUUAACUACAACCCUAAUUUAAUUUGAUCAAUUUAAUAUACCUUGAUUUCAUUCGUGGUAUAAGCCAAUUAGUAAAAUUAAAAUAAAUAAAAUUGCUGUAAUUGAUCAAAUUAUAAUAUUUGAAAAUUUUAAAAUGAUAAUUAUUGGUAAAAUUAAAGCAAUUUCUACAUCAAAAAUCAAGAAAAUAAUUGUAAUUAAAGAAAAUCGUAAAGAAAAUGGUAAUCGAGAAGAAGAUUUUGGGUCAAAUCCACAUUCAAAAGGUGAACUUUUUUCACGAUCAAUAAAAGCUUUUUUUGAUAAAAUAGAAGCUAGAAAUAUUACAACAGUUGUAAUUAAUAAAAUAAUUAAAGCGAUUAAAAUAAUUGAAAAAAUUAUCUAUACUAUUAUUAAUAGACCUUAUGAUUGGAAGUCAAAUAUACUUUUAUACUAUAUAGAUAAUAAUAAAUUAUCCUCCUCAUCAGUAAAUUGUAAUAUACAAAAAUAAUCAAACUACAUCAACAAAAUGUCAAUAUCAUGCAGCUGCUUCAAAUCCAAAAUGAUGAUUUUUUGAAAAAUGAUUAUUUAAAUGUCGUAAUAAACAUACUAAUAAAAAAGUUGUUCCAAUUAAUACAUGAAUUCCAUGAAAUCCUGUAGCCAUAAAAAAUGUUGAACCAUAAACUGAGUCUGCAAUAGUAAAAGGAGCUUCAAUAUAUUCAUAAGCUUGUAAAAUUGUAAAAUACACUCCUAAUAAAACUGUAAAAAAUAAGCCUUGAGUUGUUUGAGAAUGAUUAUUUUCUAUUAAUCUAUGAUGAGCUCAUGUAACUGUAACUCCUGAAGCUAAUAAAAUAGCUGUAUUUAAUAAAGGAAUUUGAAAUGGAUUAAAUGAAAUAAUUCCCAUUGGAGGUCAUGAGGCUCCUAAUUCAAUAGCUGGAGAUAAACUUCUAUGAAAAAAUGCUCAGAAAAAUCUAACAAAAAAUAAAACUUCUGAUAAAAUAAAUAAAAUUAUUCCUCAUCGUAAUCCAAUUGUUACUGCAUAAGUGUGAAGUCCUUGAUAUGUUCCUUCUCGUGAUACAUCUCGUCAUCAUUGAUAAACUGUUAAAAUAGUAAUAACAUUUCCUAAAAAAAAUAAUGAAAUAUCGUAUUGAUGAAAUCAUUUUACUAUUCCUGAUACAGUUGUCAUAGCUCCAAUUGCUCCUGUUAAAGGUCAUGGUCUAUAAUCAACUAAAUGAAAAGGGUGAUUUGAAUGUGUUGACAUUAAUUUACUUCUCUAGAGUAUAAAGUUCUUAAAACAGCAAAUACAUAAGAUUGAAUUAUAGCUACAGCUGAUUCAAGAACUAGUAAAGCAAUUUGUGCGAUUAAUAAAAAUGUUACAAGAACAUAAGAUAUAGAAGGUCCUGUAUUACCUAAUAAAGUUAAUAAUAAAUGACCUGCAAUUAUAUUAGCAGUUAAUCGAACAGCUAAUGUUCCUGGUCGAAUUACAUUUCUAAUUGUUUCAAUGCAAACCAUAAAAGGUAUUAAAACAGCUGGUGUUCCUUGAGGUACUAAAUGAGCAAAUAUAUGUUGUGUAUGAUUAAUUCAUCCAUAUAACAUAAAACAUAAUCAUAAUGGUAAAGCUAAAGAUAAAGUUAAAGUUAAAUGACUUGUUCUUGUAAAAAUAUAUGGGAAUAAUCCUAUAAAAUUAUUAAAUAAAA